AUGAGAGUUGCCGUUCACGUGACUAAUGAAAGCGAUUUGAUUGGUGUAAAUGAGUUGAAAGUGUGUGAAAAAGCAGCAAACAGUCAGUUAUUUCAGUCGUUGAGUAUCAGUCAGUGUCUUCACAACUCAUUUGGCACACCAUUCGUACCAUUAAGACCUCUUAAGACAUCACUUCAACACAUCCAACCGUAUUAUCUAUUGGUCGACACAAUGGCUAACAAACAGCUGAGGAGUCCUUUCGGGCUAUUUAUGGCCAAAAUGAAGAGAUUGGACGCGAAGUACCGGUCGAUGUCGAUGUCGACCGCCGUUGGGAAGGUUAAUGAGGUC